AUGACCCCUCUCCUCACCCUCCCUGACGAUGCGCUUCUGGUUAUUUUCUCGCACAUAUCAGGGAAAGAUGCCUUCCACAUGUCCUGUUGCUCCCUCCAAGCCUACGAACUCGCCUAUCCCAGAGCCUUCGUCGAGGUUCCUUUCACAACAAGGCCUCUGGAUGUCUCGCUCAUCGUUCAGACACCUCCACGACCCAAACAUCCUAGUAGAAUCCCUCCGUUUAACCGUAUGAAGGCUCUUCGCAAGCUACAAUUGGAAAGGGUUCGCAAAGUCAAACGCGUUGGUCGACUAACAGAAUUGCUUCAAUCGGCCGAGUUUUUGCGCGAUCUCUCGCUCCGCGAAGUGGAAUUCCUGCUCUCCACGGACGGCCGCUUCCGUUCGACGCUCAUCGGGCUGGAUAACCUGGUUCAUUUGGAUCUCGGCGGGGUUGGUCAGCAGGUGUUGUCUCAAUUGCGGUAUUUCCAAGGCAAGAAUCUACGCACCUUGGCCCUUCAAUACAGCUCCCUGGAAGCGAAGACCUCUUCCAGUCCACACGCGCGAAAGACAGUGGCCGAUGCAUUGUCUGCGCUCCCUGUUCUUCCAGUCCUCCAAACGCUUCACCUCACGGAUUUCCAAGAGGCCGAGGAAGGGCCCACUGGCCAACCCACCAAUUUCUCGUCGCUGGUACCCUCCCUACCCUCCCUCCGCCGCCUCGUACUCGAGACCGAUGCUCGCUCUUCCUACCGGUUCCCAUGCAGCAUCUUGCCCUCUCUCCCUCAUCUGUCCACGUACGAGUACAUACUACAGGAUGGCUACUACCCACCGGAAUCGUGGGGUUCGAUUUUUGAGGAGAGCACGCCAUGGCCUUCUCUCCAAGAACUCCAUAUCCCCUACUGUAUCAUUACGCACCCCAACAUCAGCGUCGAGGACAAAUUUCGCGUUCACCAUCUUCGACUUAUCGAAGACGUCAAGGUAACCGUAUUCCACGAGGACUUUCGCCCCGACCAAGGUGAACGAAUACUCUCCAUCCUCAAGAAUUUCCACCCGGCUGUGCUGAGUAUCCACGCAUCCAUGGACCGGCUCUACACAGGGCAAGCUCCGAUGACGCCUAACCCCAGAGCCGACACUGUCGCCUCAUUCUGGCCCGAGCUGCCUGUGGCUGCCCCUCGGCUGCGUUCAUUGCACUUCCACCUCCAUCACACCGAUUACCUGAGCUAUUAUACCUUAAGGCCCCAACUGCCGCUCGCCCUCUCCCCACUCCACGUCGUCCACCUCACCAUCGACCUCCCGCACUGGGACGGCGACAGGUGGCGCGACAUGUGGAGCGCCGCAACCCUCCUUCAGAUGUUCAGAAGGCCCUUAUACGCCCGCGCCGGGAACAGGCACCGUCCGAGGAGCAGCGUCAAAGACAGGUGGUCGAAAGACCGGCAGCGGGCGCGGUUCAUCGAAGACCUCCCGCGCCUGGUCGUGGACGCGGUCCCGACGCUGCGCGUGUUCGCCCUGGGGGACUGUGGGCCCCCACGGCGCGAGAUCGCCAUGUGGGACCGUGGGCCCCCGCGGCACGAGCCGGGCUGGGACGUGGACCUCGACGCCGUGGGUCUGCCGCUUCCGCCGGGCGGGACGAUCACGGGGCCAUACGCGACCGCCGCGGAAUCCACGCGGAGGAAGCGGUGGUGGUGGAUCCAGGGGGAGGGGGAAGGGAGGGAGAUGGUGGAGAUUUGGGCCGAAGAUGGGGAGAGGGCGCGCGAUAUUGUAGAGAGUGAGGGUUUUGACGCGGAGACGAGCUUGGAGGGGUUCUUUUCCGAGAAGUGCCGGUACGAUCCCUGA